AUGGCCCUGGCCCAAACCCUCGAUGCCCAUGCUCGUCCGCCUGAGGACCUGCGCCGCCAGUACAAGCACUACCAAAAGGCCUCCACCCACGUAUUAGAUGCAGACCCUGACCUGUUUGACAUUCACCGGCGCAAUUUGUCCGCCUGUCAAGACCGCAAUUUCUUUCGACAAGGUCCUGAUGAUAUCACCAACAUCUAUUCUCACUUUCUUGGCGAGCCUGUCGGUACAUUGCCGCCGUCAGUUGAAUCUGCUAGACUCUACGAACACCCAGAUGCCCCAGAUUGGUCGACGGAAGCCAUGACGAAACAGCUUCCUGAAGAUCAGCCUGAAGCUUCACACUCGAACCGACCAUCUUCUCUCAAUACCACACAAGACAGCUCAAUCAUGACUUCAACAAUCGAUUCCUCCCUUCCCNCGCUAAAGCCCGUCUACUCGCCAAAAGACAGCUCAGCCCCGCGCAACGAAGCACCACAAUUGGCCAAACUCAUCUCCACCCUCCACCUCCAACAGCACAUAGAAGGAGGCUAUUUUGUCGAAACCGAUCGCGACACCAACCGCGUACCGAACCCCUUCCUCAACACCUCUCCCUCGGCAUCAGACAAUAAGCAAACAACCUUCUACACCUCCACCGGCGCCGUAAGCGCAAACCUCGGCAACAAGCUCACAGAUGCGGACAAGAAGACCACAAGUCCAGACGACGGCCAAGACAAGACGAGGAAUGCAAGCACCAGUAUCCAUUACCUCUUGACCCCCGAGUCGUCCAUGGGGGCUUUCCACCGCAACAGAGGACGAACAAUACAUACACUGCACAGAGGACGAGGCCGCUACGUCAUCAUCCACGCUGACGAGGUCAUGCCCGAAUACGACUCGCAUGCAGGCGUACGAUCAAAGGCUAGGGUGGAGACUUUCAUCGUUGGUCAGAACGUGGAAAAGGGCGAGAAGUUGCAGUGGAUUGUCGAUGGUGGAAAAUACAAGAGUAGCUUUCUGCUGCCGCUCGAGGGUGACGAUGCCGCCGACAAUGAGGGUCUGCUGAUCAGCGAGACGGUGGUCCCGGGCUUCGAGUACAGUGAUCAUGACUUUAUGAGGAUUGAGAGACUGGAGGCCUUGGUCACCAAGGAGCAGGCAGAUGAGAUGAGGUGGAUGCUGAGAAAGGACGACAAGCCAGUCUAA